CUCUCCAUCGCCAUCUCAUCUCACCCAUCAAUCUCCAUUGCUCUCUCCUCUUUCUUCCUCAACCUCCUCACACUACUUGUACUACCAACGCAUCGGCAUGGGGCUCUGCUUGUCGAGCGGCGUGGCGGCGGCGAUGGCCGAGGCGGGGAUGGCGGCGUCGACGGCGAUGGUGCUGCUGCCGACGGGCGAGCUGCGCGAGUACCCGCGCCCCGCGACGGCGGCGCGGGUGCUGGAGGAUGUCGCGGCGGCGGAGGGGGAGGAGGAGGAUGUGGGGCGGCGCUUCUUCCUCUGCGACGCCGACAAGAUGGGCUUCGAGGGACCCGUCGCGGCCGUCGCCGCCGCCGCGGAGCUCCGCCCCGGGCAGAUCUACUUCGUGCUCCCGGGCGAGGUGCGGAGGCGCGGGAUGCGCCGCGAGGAGGUCGCGGCGCUCGCCGUCAAGGCAUCCGCCGCGCUCGCUGCCGCCAGCAGCAGCAGCACCACAUCCGGAUGCGGCGGCGGCCGGCGGCGGCGCGGGUCCGUGGCGCCGCUCGUGUUCGCUCCGCCGGAGGAGGAGUACGAGUACGACGCGUCUGAUUACUGCAAGAGCAAUGCGUCGGCGGCGGCGGCGGCGGCGGGGAAGCGGCGGCCGGUGGCGGCGCGCCGCGGCGGCGGGAAGGGGAGGCAGUUCGCUACCGAUCUCACCGCCAUUCCCGAACUCGACAUGAUCACCGAGUGAGCGAGACGACGACACAAUUGAACUGAAUCGAUCGAAACCAAAUUUGGGGAUUCAAAUCCCCCAAUUCGAUCUCCAAAUGCGAGCUGGAUUCGAUAAAAUAUGUCGAACCACUCCGAUGGGAACAGCCAGCAAGGACGCGAACAGUGGAAAACCUCUGAUGCUGCUGGUGGGCCCGGCGCUGCUCGGCCGUCGGAUCCCGAUCGGACGGACGAGGAUAUCAUCGGCUGAGAUGCUGCCGAUCGAUGAGGAAAUUGAUUAGCACUGCAAAUUACUAGUAAUUACCUCUCGAAGAAUUAGUAGUAGGAAUUUUGUUGGUGAUAGAUUUGAGUUGAUGUUUGAACAUAAAGAGUAUGGAGAUGAAAAAAAAAAUGUGAAUAGAAAUUCUCCGGCGCUUGAUUUCUCCACGUGUUUGUCUCAACCUCUCAAAAUACUGGUCCAUACCUAGCAAUACUCCACUUUGUAUGCUUUUUUUUGAAACCCAAUAAUUUGUAUGCUGAACAAACAAAGAAA